AAAAAAAAAAAAUCCCUGCCGCAGCAGCAGCCGUCCUUUGUUCUUCCUGGUGCGGGCCUGCUGCAGUGGCCGGCCACUGGGCGCUGGGUGGCGCUCUUGCUCCAUCAAAAAGCCCCUAGGUCUCCCAACUUGACCGCGCUGACGUCACGUCAGUCUGGAGCAUCAAGGCCACUUCCACGCCGCUAUUGGUCUGAAACUCACAUGACAUGUCUCCGAGCAUCCAUAAUUAUGUUACUGAAUUUUUGCACCCCCCUCCAAAAGAUGUCAGCAUCCUACUGUCCUUGUUCUCCUGGAGAAAUCCCGUAGUUCAGAGCAGUGGAACACACCUCACCGAGUUGCCACAUGCAAAAAUGUCAUGUCCGAAUAACAUAGCGCCCGGUAACUUCCUGAUGGAUUCCUUAAUGGGAGGAUCAUCUUCCUUCAGGGGUGAGGGUUAUUCCAGCAACCCCGGAAUGUACAUCCACUCAGCUGCAGAGUACGGAUAUUCAGUGAUGAGAAACAAUGGCAAGGUUGGACCAUCUCCACUCUCGAAAAGAGACGAGCUUCCUCCGGGCGCUCUGCCGCUCAGCGGCUUCCAGGAUGCGCCCUACCUGUCAACACAGCUGGCUCCGUGGACCCCAGGCUCCAAAACCAGUAGGGACGAACAACCUGUUGCCCAGUGUUUACAACCCUGCUCGUUUCCAGCGGGCAGCGUCAAAGAGGAGGCGUUUUGUUGCCUCUAUCAGGAUGACAGCAAUAAGGGGAAGCAGACAACAGAGUCAGCCACUUACAUCCGGCUUGGGGACAAUAGCAGCCGCUCUGAGCAAACUGCCGCCUCGUCCAGCGGCUGUUUCCAGGUGUACAACGGACAGAGGCCGCAGCAAGACGACCAGCAAUUCCCCUCCGGCUUCUCUCUGACCCACUUGGCGACAUCUGUUGAAUCAGCAGCAGAAUCGACAAUAAGUUGCAGUAAAUCGGCGCAGGACACUCCGAGAGAGGUUUCAAAAGCAGAUGAGAGUCAGAGCAGAAGGGAAGAGAAGGCCAAGAGUGACAGCUGUUCAGAUAACUCGGACGGGGAAUUAAAAGGUGAUUUAUCCGCGGAAAAGACAACGGGAAGCUGGUUAAAAGCCAAAAGUGGAAGGAAGAAGCGGUGUCCCUACACAAAGCACCAGACGCUGGAGCUGGAGAAGGAGUUCUUGUUCAACAUGUAUCUGUCUCGGGAGCGCCGCCUGGAGAUCAGCCGGAGUAUUAACCUGACCGACAGACAGGUCAAGAUCUGGUUCCAAAACAGACGCAUGAAGCUCAAGAAACUCAACAGGGAGAACCGAGAAAGGGAGCAGGGUGCAGUUUAUAACUACUCCUGAAGAUUUUUUUAUUUUAUUUUAUUUUUUACGUCCGUACACAUACACUCAUACACUAACACACACACACACACUCACUCACAUAUGCAUAUGCACAGACACGACAGGUACUGACGUGCAUGUGUCAGUUUUAUAAUGCAUCCAUUAAUCCUUUAUACAUUUUCUCUUCCUGUGCACACCAAACACACACACACACAGACACACAGCUACACACAACGUGCCUUCCUUUCUGACAAUGCUGCAACUUGCAGACCAGACUUGACUUCUGGGUGAACACUUGCAGCAGCAUUGGAACAGUGAGGUGCUAUUACCUUGUAAUUAUAAUUAUAAUACGACAUGAACCAAAGGAAAGGAGGAGGCAAUCUCAAGUAGUCUAUAAAUAACAAGUGGCAUGUGAGCAGUUUCACUUUGCUGAGCUAUAAUGAAUGUUUUGCCACUUGCUUCUUCCCUGGUAUCUGUUGCUGUGGCAUUUUUUUUUCGUGCAGUGUAAUGUGCAUGCACUAGAUGAUAUUAAGCUA